AUUCUUGAACUUUUCUUCUUCCUCUCUCUGCUCUUUCCAUGUUUUGAGUGUUUUCCACGCAAACCAUUUAUUGCUUCCUCCUUCUUCUUCCUCUACUGACAUACACCACCAACACCACACACCUUAUCCGCAUUCACUCAUUCAUCUUGCAAACUUCAUCUUACCCAUUUCCCAUUAUCUCCAACUCACGCACAUUCUGUUUCUUGAAAGAAAAUAACCGUAUAAAAUAACUCAUUUUUAUCAGAACUUUCUUUCUUUUCUUUGCUUUGUUCAUGAUAAUGGAGAAAAAACGAUCCAAGAGAAGCCUCCUCAGCUUCUUUGGUUGGAAUGGAAAAUCUCCAAAGAAACUCUUUGUAGAUGUUGCAAACCAAGCAAAGGAAAACAUUGAAACCAUGCCAAUAUCACAGGUAAAAUACACUGUCAAAAUUUUCAACCUUUCUUAGUUUUUCCUAGUUUUUUUUACCUAACCCUUUUUUUCUCUUCUUAAUUCUUAUUAUAUUACUAUGACAAAUGUUUCAGAUAAAGAUGGAUGAUAAUUUAGAAAGUCCUAGUAGUAUUGCAUGUAGUGAUUUUAGCUUUGCCUUAUCAAUUACUAGUAGUGAUGAUUCUGAAGAAUGUGAGACUAGUAAUAACUCCCCAGGGCUAGUUGCUAGACUCAUGGGUUUGGAUUCAUUGCCUCCAGUUUCAGCUCUCUCUCAUGUAGAUUUCAUAAACAUGCCACUUGAGUCAAACAAUAACCUUUUGUCUCCUAUCAAAAUCCAUGGUUAUAUGAAACCUAGGAAUGCAGCAGAUAUAGUGUGUGAGGAAAGUCCUCAACCAUAUAUUAGAAACAGAAUGUCUUCCUUGAGAACUCUUGAACUGCAAGAGAAGUCGCAAGCGGCGCAGCACGAAUCCAGGUUCAAUGUGAAUGGAAAAGCUACUGAGAGGAGAAGAAAUUUAUAUAAGGCUGCUCCAACCUUCAAAGACUCGAGAGAUUCGGGAAAUAGUAGUUCCUUGCAUGGUAAAGGAAAAUCUGUUUCACUUGCAACAUCAUCUAAAACCGAUGUUCUAAGUAGGGAUACAUUGAAUUUGAAUGGAAAUAGGAGAUGCAUGAAGCAGAAAGAGAUUAAAUCGAACCAAAAAAGUUGUAUUGGUCGAAACAGCGAUGUUCUUAGGCAGAAUGGUUUAACCAGCAAAGGUGAAUCAACUACAAAAGUACUUAACAAUAAGCCAACACGAACCUGUUCUUCGGAAAAUUUGACCGGAGCUAGGAAGACAACUAACAAAUGUGCUGUUAAUUCCAGCAUUGAAUCCAAAAGGUCGAGCACGAGAGUUGCUGAUAAGCAAAAGGAGUUAUCAGUAUCCAAAAGAACGAGUUCUUCUUCGCAAAAGAAGAGGUCUGAUCAGAUUCAGAAUGGCGCACGAGGUUCUGAUAAUGCAGUUAAUAUUUAUGAAAGCAAGUCCAUAAAAUGUAAUGUUACAACUGAUGAAAGUAUUUACAAUGGUUCAUUUAGCAUGAAAGAAAGCAGGGACGUCAUUUCAUUCACAUUUACUUCUCCAUUGAGGAGAAACAAGCCUGAGUCGCGAACCACUACCGAGCAAGCGAUGGAAACAAGGACCGGAAUUGAUGUCAAUUCUUUUGAUCACAGCGGUGAGAUUUAUCCCGAAAAGUUAUCAUUAUCUCCUACAAGAAUUGAUCUAAUAGAUAUUGAUGCAUUAAGUGUCAUGUUAUCUCACAUUAACCCACCUCAAUGCACCUUGGAAGUAGAAGAUUGUUCUGUUGGUUUUAAAUCUAUUUCGGAGAACAGAUUUAACAGCAUGAUAUCAGAACCAAUAGAAGACAGAACAGUUUAUUCUACCAUGCAAGAUGAAGAAGUAUCUAGCUCUCAAAUAAAUGAAUCUAUAACACCAGAACACAAGAUGAAUUGGCCUGAGAAAAGCUCUACAAGAUCAGAAAGGAUGAUGGAACUUGAAUAUGUAAAGGAUAUACUCAGCAAUGCAGAAUUGAUGGCAGAAGAAUUAGCAGUGGAUGAAACCGAAAAUACGAUAAUGCCGAGUCUCUUCGAUACGUUGGAGAAUCAGAGAACUGAAGUAGAAAGCUAUGAAAAGUACUCCAAGCUUCAAAGGAAGGCUAUAUUUGACUGUGUAAGUGAGUGUUUAGGAUCAAAAUGUAGGCAAGUUUUUGUUGCAAAGUGCAAAGCAUGGCCUAGAUGGGUAACAUUUAUGAGGAAGAGGUUGUUAACAGAAGAAGUGUACAAGGAAAUAUUGGAGUAUAGAAGCAUGGAAGAAGAGGUAGUUGUGGAUGAGAUUAUCAGAAAGGACAUAUGCACUCCAUUGGGUAGAUGGCUUGACUUUGACAUUGAAGCCUUUGAAAAUGGCUUAGAAAUUGAGCUUGACAUAGUAACCAUUUUGAUAGAUGAGUUGGUUUCUGAUUUGUGGCUUGUUUAAACCCUUGGUAUUAGACAUUAGGUUAUUGGCCUUUUCAUAUUUUUUCUGUUUUUUCUUCUACUCAAUCAAUGAAAGAAACAUUGUCAAUGAACCUCACAUGUCAAAAC